AUGCAUAAAUAUUAAAAUGGAAUGAAAAUAAUAAUAAACUUGAAUAAUAUAUUAACGAAACUCAAUAAAUAAAAGUAUGAUAUUUUCAUAUCCUAUAGUGCAGAUGAAGUAAAUAUUUCGGAUCAAAAUGAAGGAUAAUAAAAAAACGUUAACUAAUUACCUUAUGAAAAAUUUAAUGGUCCCCAUUACUGGCUGGCUUGA